AUGAGCAAGGAAGAAGCCAAAAACUUGCAUACCACCAUAGCCGGCUCUUUGGAGGAACGGCGGCAGUUGGUUACCGAAAUCAACACCAAAGAAGAGCAAAUCCGGCAAAGAGAUCAGGCCAUUGAAGACUUGGAGGGGCAAAUAGAACAACAGCAGGAAAUAAUUACCGACCAGACUCGUCCUGAAGAGGAAAAGGAGGCUGCCCAAAGGGAACUAGAAACCCUUCAGGUGAGAGUUGCGGAAUCACAGGCGCAAAAGGACAACCUGGAGCGGGAGCUGGGGCUUACCACCAAGGAAAAAAUAAAAAGGGCCCUCAUGAAAUAUGGCGUUCCGUUGGCAUUCUCGGCAAAGGCCAACACCAUUUCUGACUUGGUUCCUAAAGCCUUACGCGAGCGCAGAAUAGACGACGCGGAAUUUAGUCUUAUCCUUGCCGAAGAGGUAAAAUACGAACAACUAAAGACAAGCAUAAGAAACAAAAAAACAGUCAUAAAAGACCUAACAGAGGAAACCCGCAAAAAGAUUUACCAGGAGGCAAAAGAAGAACUCCAAAGAAAACUUACAGCGUAG